AUGAUAAAAAAUUCUCCCGAAAUUUCAAAAUUCUUUGAUCUUUCUAAUAAAUCAUCCGAUACUGCAAAAUUCAUACUUAAAAAUUUCAUUCUUUUACCUAAACAUUUCAAUUCUUCCGAACAAGAAUUUCUUCUUGAUCAAACUUCAAAAAAAAAAAUUGAAAAAAGUUUUUGUUUAGAUUUAUCUAAAACUGGUGGAAUUAAACCUCACGUUGAUAACGUCGAG